AAAAAAAAAAAAAAAGAAAGUAAAAGGCAAUAUUGAAAAGUGUAGCAAAGUCGUCUGACAAAGUGACAAAUCAGUUUGUUAGAGUGUCUCGGGUAUAAAGGGACCGAGGAAACAGAAAGAAGAAGAAAAAGAAACAAAAGGGUUCGGAAGGGUUGGCCGCGGAGGAACGAUCGAUGGUCGAUUGGCCGCGGCGGAUCGACAGCAGCCGCGAUGCCAACGUUACACCGGUCGUUGACACAGUUAGCCGCUUGAAAUUCGGUCCAGUGUCCAGCUGCUGCAGUUGAUCCAGGGAUUCGGUAGUGCCGAGGGUGCAGAGGGAGGAUGAAGGCUGAAAGCAACAACGGAUACCUGAAGGCGAACGUGAUCGUCGAGCAAAAUGAGGUAUCGCCGGGUUCCGGUCAGGAGACACCUGCCGCCAGUCCCCUUCAGGUGACUUAUGGGCCUCGUGGCAACACGACGACGACGACGGUCCUCCAGCAUCCAGGAAACAGCCGGAAGAAAAUAACGCGCGCCACGUCGAUCAGGCGGAGGGGGGCGGCCAACAGGCAGCAAUUGCUCGGUGUUCUCGCCGUCACUCUUCUCGCCACUUGCCUUUUCAUUCUGCUGCUGCUGGCGUUGAACACGAGCCGCGAAUACCCGCAAGAGCCCCGCCCGAACGUUUGCAUGACGGAGGAAUGCAUCAGAACAGCCGCGAGUUUAUUGUCAGCGAUGGAUCGAACGGCAGCGCCGUGCGUGAAUUUCUUCCAAUACGCGUGCGGCACGUGGAACCAGCGUCACGUGAUCCCGGAGGAUCGAAGCUCGAUCAGUACGUUCGAGGUACUGGCCAAUCAGCUGCAAGUGAUCUUGAAACGCAUCCUGGAGGAGCCACCGAACAACGAGGACAACAACGCCACUCUGAAGGCGAAGAUGUUCUACAAAUCGUGCAUGGACAUCCCUCGUAUAAGAGAGAUCGGGGAUGCUCCACUGAAGAGGACACUGAAGUUCCUUGGAGGCUGGCCAGCGGUGAUCGGUCCAUCCUGGAAGCCACCGCCGUACUCGAUCGAGGUUUUGUUAGGUCGAUUACGCGGUGACUAUAACGAAGGUGUGUUACUGGAACAGUGGGUCGGUCCAGAUGACAAGAACUCCUCUGUGAAUAUCCUGCAGUUGGAUCAGAUGCAAGUGGCGUUGCCAAGUAGGGAUUAUUACUUGAAGAAGAGCAGCGAGGCUCAACUGAACGCGUACCAUCGCUAUAUGACGAACGUUGCUGUCUUGAUGGGUGCCAAUCCGCAAACCGCUGCCGAUGAAUUCCAUCGUGUGAUCAACUUGGAGAAACAAUUGGCAAACGCGUCGAUACCUGAGGCCGACAGGCACGAUACGUCGGCCAUUUACCGGAAGUUGACGCUGCGCGAGCUGCAGCAUGAAAUCCCGCAGCUGAAGUGGCGCGAGUAUCUUCAAGAAUUCAUCAAUUCGCCGAUUACGGAAGAGGAGCCGAUCGUGGCGUACGCUAUGCCGUACUUUAUGGAAAUGGGACGCAUCGUGCAGAAAACGGACCGCAGAACGCUGCACAACUACAUACUAUGGAGAUUGGUGAUGUCGAUAAUGCCUCACAUGAUUGACGAAUACCAGCAGAAGAGGGUGGAAUUCAGGAAAAUUCUGUUAGGCAUAUUAAGCGAAAGGGACAGAUGGUCGCAAUGCGUCGAGUGGACGAAUAAAAAGCUUGGCAUGGCUGUUGGUGCACUUUUCAUUCGUGACAAUUUCAACCACGAGAGCAAGGAGACAGCGCUAGAAAUGAUCCGCACGAUACGAGAGGCGUUUAACGAAUUAUUAGCCGAAAAUCAUUGGAUGGACAACGAAACCAGAGCCGUGGCGAAAAGCAAAGCUGACUCCAUGAACGAAAGAAUCGGGUAUCCGGAAUUUCUGAAGGACCCCGAAGAGCUUUCGAUGGAAUACGUGAUGUUGAACAUCACGGAGAAUCACUUCCUCGGGAACGUGCUAGCUGUGCUGAAGUACGACGCCUAUCAUAAUCUCGAGAAAUUGCGGAAGCCGGUUGAUAAAGAUAAAUGGUCCACAGAGCCAGCCGUGGUGAAUGCCUUCUACAACCCCAAUAAAAACGACAUUGUCUUUCCAGCUGGAAUCCUUCAGCCACUCUUCUACUCGCAGCACUUUCCAAAGUCGUUGAACUACGGUGGAAUAGGUGUAGUGAUCGGUCAUGAGAUUACCCACGGUUUCGAUGACAAGGGACGCCAGUUCGACAAAGAUGGUAACAUGAUGCAGUGGUGGAACAACGCCACUGUGAAGGCUUUCAGGGAAAGGGCUCAAUGCAUCGUAGAACAGUAUUCCAGAUACAAGCUGCAGGAAGUUGAUCUGUAUAUCAAUGGGAGGAUGACUCAGGGGGAGAACAUUGCUGAUAAUGGAGGGCUGAAACAGUCGUUCAGGGCAUACAAAAAGUGGGUAUCAAUACACGGUGAGGAACCAUUGCUUCCUGGGGUGAAUCUCACUCACGAUCAGCUGUUCUUUUUGAACUACGCGCAAAUAUGGUGCGGAUCGAUGAGACCGGAGGAUGCGUUGACGAAAAUACGAAGCAGCGUACAUUCACCGGGUCCUAUAAGAGUUUUGGGCCCCCUGUCCAACAGCGAAGACUUUGCCAGGGCCUACAACUGUCCCCCAGGCUCACCGAUGAAUCCAACUCAAAAGUGCAACGUUUGGUAAUGAUGAAAUGGUUGAAAGACGAGGAAUAUUCAAACGGAACUUAUGUAACAAUUGGAAACUGUGGUGUCUAGUGCUCUGAGCAGACUGUCGUAUAAUCGUAUGUCGACUGGGUAACCACGAUGGGACCACAAAAGACUACAGAGUUUUAUUUCGUCGUGGUUCAACUGUGAUGUGAGUCGCGUAGCAAACCAGGGGGGUUAUCACUACACAGUGUGUGUAUGGAAGAAGAGCGUGCUAGUUAAAAGAGAAAUCACAGAGGGUAACGAGAAAAAUUUGACCACUGUGUGAAAAAUUUCCAUCAACACGUGGAACUGCUACAUGUGUAUAUAGAGGAUAUCGUUUUAAUCGUGCAUGUAAUCCCCUUUAUGUAUGAUUCAUCUCGUCGUGGACGAGGCUAAAAUAAACUUUCCGAUCGAACGAAAGAGAGAAAAAUCCAGAACAAGGGGAA